AUGCCUUGCUAUUUGUCCUAUCCCAGUCUGAGAACCGUUCUUGAGCAUCUCGAGGCCAAUAAAAGAAUCUACCUAGUAUCCCGUUGUCCCAGUGUCCAGCGAUUCGAGAAAAGUAUUCCACUCCACUUGAAUAAUAUGAGUGUCGAGGAGCACUGCAUUAUCCUCAACAAAGUGAGAUAUGCAUUCCUUGAGGACGCCGAGGAACGUCCGAGAGGGUAUUUUAGUUUGAGACGAUCUGAUGCCCCACUUUGGAAACAUAUUCCACAAGAAACAUCACUCAAAUUGUGUUUCAAGCAUGAAGAGAGGGAGUACAGUAAUCUCCUCUCGACUAUUCGAAGCAGUGAGAAAGGCUUCGAAGAGCUUGUGAACUAUUUAGUUGGAGGAAGAAAGAUGAUUCGUGUGGAGAAGCUGGCAAUCAAUAUGAGACAAGAAGUCAAAAUCCAUAAUGAGUUCUCUCCUAGAUACAGUUUUUUAAGAGAGAAGCCGCCGAAAGCACCAAAACUCAAACUCAAUUUCAAGUGCCGUGCUAAAGAGCUCAUCGGAGAUGACUAUCUAUAUCUCUAUCUUCCUCUUAUCGCCGAAUCCAGUUAUCCACUGAAAAAGAUUGAAUGUUAUAUGAAUGAUGAGAUACAAGACCAUCCAGCUGUUCAACAAGCCGAGCACGUCGUUGACACCAGCAUCGCAGAUAGAGAAUUUGCUAUUCAAUUUGACUAA